AUGUUAAAUACUGUAGAAGACGAAGUGGAUCCAAUGAGAUGGCCGACGAAGAACAACAUAAGAACGGCAAUGCAUUGGCUAGUUUUAGGCUGCAAAGCUGGAGAUUCCCUCGUCUUCCACUUCUCCGGUCAUGGCAACAACCAGACGAAUUACACUGGCGACGAGAUUGACGGAUUUGAUGAAACCCUUCUCCCGGUGGACCACUUAACCUCAGGUGUUAUUGUGGACGACGAGAUCAAUGCUACAAUCGUACGACCUCUCCCUUAUGGAGUCAAGCUCCAUGCAAUUAUCGACGCUUGUAGUAGUGGUACCGUCUUGGACUUGCCCUAUCUUUGUAAAAUGGACAGCCUCGGAAACUAUGAAUGGGAAGACCAUCGGCCUCCAUCAGGAAUGUGGAAAGGUACGAGCGGCGGUGAAGUCUUCUCCUUUACCGGGUGUGACGAUGACCAGACCUCCGCUGACACUCCGGAACUGUCAGGGGGUGCGUGGACUGGGGCAAUGACAUAUGCUUUCAUUCAGGCCAUAGAACGUGGCCACGGGACGACUUAUGGGAGCUUACUGAAAGCAAUGAGAUCAACGGUUCAUGAGAUUUUUGACAAAGCCAAAGGUAGAGAGCUAAUGGAAGUGGCUGGAGAUUUUCUAGCUACUCUUUUUGGUUUGCUCAUCUUAAACGCUAGUUCUUCUGAGGAAACUGACAAUAUCCCUCAAAAAACUCAGGAACCACAACUGACUGCUAACGAGGCUUUUGCUGUGUACGAGAAGUCCUUCUCUCUAUAG